CCUGGGAUAAUCUAAUAUAUUUGGCAGUUGGUCGUGUGGAAUAUUUAAACCAACUUAUUUGGGUUGAAGCACCUCUAUUACUUCCUGAAAUUGCCCAAGAGAUUGAGAAGACAAAAAAAAAAAGACAGCUAAAGUACAAAUUGAGACCGUCUAUUUAG